AUGGAGCCCGCGAUAGCGUGUAGCAAGAAGCUCGAGCGCAGGUCUACGCGAUCGUCGACCUCGAAGAAUCAGUUUUCGUCACGAAACACGCGCUCGGAAGCUUUCUACGCCGCCGCGGAACCGUUAUCCGUUCGACGCGCAUUGCAUAAUUCCGCCGGCCCAGACCCAGAUACAAAUUCCGCUCCAAAUUCCAGCGGAACGACGGAACGCUCUAAGAAGCUCCACGCUUCCGGUCGAUCGAACCACCCGGACCCCAGGUUCCCGGUGGAGAUUGGGCCGAGAACCGGCAGACAGCCCCGUCAGGAAGCUGUCUUUUACACGAUCCCGCGAGACGUAGCGAUAUCUCGCAAGGAGAUCCUCAGAAAGUACAGCAAAGAGAAGGAGAAGGAGGAGAGGGAGGUUGCCUCGAAUUACGCCGACACGUUGCGUAAUCGCUGGAAGGAUCAACAAGAGAGGCCCAGAACUCUGCCUUCCAUAGCCAGAAGAUCGUACAGGGAUCCGGAAAAAGUUCAGUCCUGUCAGGGAGUCAGGAAAGUCUCCAGGCAGGACAUAUUGCGCAGACGUGCGAGCGUAGACGGGCCGGUUGUAGCAACGCGUGGAAGGAGUCACGGGGACGCAAAGUUAGAAAGUUCAGAGGCGAAAGGUAGCACCUCUUCCAGUUUCCCGAGGAACGUCCCGAGGCCGAGGAGCACUAGGUGGGGCAGAGAGGAUGAGAGAGAGUCCAAGUCGGCCUGUGACUUCGUGACAGUCACUACCAAGCUGCAGGACAUCAACAGCGGCCUUGUGCCAAGACCGUCGACCUUGCCCAAGAUUGUUCACGCAUCGAGGACAUCGCGGUUGACGGAGGAUUGGUCUGGUCCUAGAUCAGCCAAGGAUGCGGUGAAAAAGGAACCGCCUGUCUACGGAAGGAUACGCAGACGGAAGACUUCGUUGCCAGCCAACACAGGCAUCAUCAGGGGAUCCACGUUGUCUUUGAGCGCCCUGUCCAGGUACUCGAAGUCAGGUCACUCGCAUGUCAGGGAAAGGGCCGUGGACGUGGAGUUCAAACCGACCACGAGACACCUUCGCGAUCCUGUUCCCGACACGGCGUAUCGUUCGGCCACUUUGCCUCUCGUUGACAUGAGAACCAACCCCCAACGGAACGCGAUUUACGCCAAAGUGCCUCAGAGAGCGACGAAGAGCGCCCAGAGCCACCACGAGAAGACUGACUCGAAAGAUGGCGGGCUCGAGGCUAACGUGGAUACUGGUCGCCGGAGUAUGUCGCGCAGGAGGAUCAUCGACAACAUGAAGGACACGAACGUCUACGAGGACCAGAACAGUUCGAGGACGGAAGACUCUGCUGACAUUCCGUCAGAAUAUCAGUCAGAAAGUCAGUCGUAUCAGAGCAAAGACUUCGAUGUUCACGGCAGCAACAGUUUGAGCGAGGAAACGAACGGGCUUUCCCGUGUGACUGGAUGCAACACGCUGGACAACCGAUCGAACAACAACUGGGCGAAAUCCAUGGAGUCGACGAAGUACAGAUCGAAGUCGCAAAGCAGGCUGGUCGAAAACUUUCGCCCGUCUCAUCGGGAGAUCGGCACGGCGAUCAGGCUGGCGACCACUCUUCCUAGUUAUGUGAAAAGUUCGAGAAAGUGUUCGAUCGAGAAGCCGCCAGGGACCGACGGUCGCAGAAAACUGCCCAAGGAAACUGGAAUCUCGACGAAACAGAGCAAGGAGAGAUCGAACUACGUGAAGAAGUCCGCGACGAGAAACGUCAGAGCUUACAACGACGCUAACGGCCGAUCGGAUUCGCCGGUGACGGCAUCCUCGAUUUUUGGAUUCUGCACGGGGAAGAGAAAACCUUCGACCAACGGCCCGACGAAGGUUGAAACUGCCCCGUCCUAUCCAUCAUGGAACGUGAAAACGGGUGAAUUGGUGUGGUUCGACCCUGGUGUCGGCCACGUGUUACCGGGUGAAGUUUUGGAGUACCACAGAGCCGCCAACGUCCUCUCCGUCCAAGCAGUGAUCGCUGGCAAGCCGCAAAUCUUCACCCUCACUAAUUUAAGCGGAGUGAAACCAAGGCAGGAUCUUGGACACAAUGGAAUCGAAGACAUGAUUCAGUUAACCGACCUCAACGAGGCGUCUUUAUUAUGGAACCUGAAGAUUCGAUACGACAAGGAAUUAAUAUACACAUACACGGGAAGCAUCUUAGUGGCGGUAAAUCCAUACAAAAUGUUCGACAUUUAUGGCUUGGACCAAGUGAAACUAUACGAAGGACGAAUACUCGGCACGCUGCCACCACACCUGUUUGCUGUCGGCUCGUCUGCGUACAGUCAAGUAACCGCUGCAAAUAAUGCAAGCGCGAAUCAGGUGGUCGUCAUUUCCGGUGAAUCCGGUUCAGGAAAAACGGAAUCCACGAAACUCGUAAUGCAGUAUCUAGCAGCGGUUAAUCGAGCGCCGAACAAUCUCGUCACCGAACAGAUACUCGAGGCGACGCCAUUGUUGGAAAGCUUCGGGAACGCAAAAACGCCUAGGAACGACAACAGCAGCCGAUUCGGGAAAUAUUUGGAGGUCUACUUCAGAGAUGGAGUCAUUGUCGGAGGAAGAAUAACCCAGUACCUCCUAGAAAAAAGUAGAAUAGUCACACAAGCGUCCGAGGAAAGGAACUACCACGUGUUCUACGAGCUUUUGGCUGGUCUCGAUCAGCAACUGAGAGACAAAUACGGUCUAUUGACGCCGGACAAGUACUUUUACUUGAACCAGGGCGGUAACUGCGAGAUCGAUGGGAAAAGCGACACCCAGGACUUCAAAGCUCUGUUGUCCGCGAUGCAAGUGUUGGGAUUCACGUCCGAGGAGCAGGACACGAUAUUCAAGAUCCUCGCCAGCGUGUUGCACCUGGGGAACGUGUACUUCCAUCGGAAGCAAAUGAGACACGGCCAAGAGGGCGUGGAAGUUGGCUCGGACGCGGAGAUUCGUUGGGCAGCCCAUCUUCUUCAAGUGAAUUCCGACGGGAUCAUCAGAGCCCUCACCACUAAAACAACGGAGGCAAGAAACGAGAGAGUCUUCACUGCGUUAAACAUCGAUCAGGCUCUGGAUGCCAGGGAUGCCUUCGCCAAGGCUUUGUACAGUUCGUUGUUUUCCUGGCUGGUCGCUCGCGUUAAUCACAUCGUCUACAAAGGUACCAAACAGACCGCCGCGAUCUCGAUCCUCGAUAUAUUCGGCUUUGAGAAUUUCACGGAGAACAGCCUGGAACAGCUGUGCAUCAAUUACGCGAACGAGAACCUUCAGUUCUACUUCAACAAGCAUAUUUUUAAAUUGGAGCAGCAGGAGUACGCCAAGGAAAAAAUUGACUGGACGACUAUCAAUUAUACCGACAAUCUGCCAGUGAUACACUUAAUUGCAAAGAAACCUGUCGGGAUUCUUCACCUGCUGGAUGACGAGAGCAAUUUUCCCAAAGCGACGGAUCUCUCGUUUCUGGAAAAAUGUCAUUACAAUCACGCGUUGAGCGAGCUGUACUCGAGGCCAAGAAUGAAUUCCGCCGAGUUCGCCAUUAAACACUACGCUGGCCAAGUUUGGUACAACGUCGAAGGUUUCUUGGAUAAAAACAGAGACACGUUGAGACCAGACGUGGUAGAGUUAUUAAUAAGCAGCAAAAUAUCUAUGGUCAGUAAAAUGUUCCAACACGUAAGGACGACUCACGAGGCUAACAAAACUAUGAAUAAACCGAACGGCAGAUUCGUCACCAUGAAACCGAGGACGCCAACCGUGUCUGCACGGUUUCAUGACAGUCUGCAACAACUUCUCGACUCCAUGUCUCAAUGCAAUCCGUGGUUCGUGCGAUGCAUCAAGCCAAAUACUGAGAAGGCGCCAAUGAAAUUUGACAUGCCGUGCGUGUUGGAGCAGCUUCGAUACACAGGGAUGUUAGAAACGAUUCGAAUACGGAAGACGGGCUACCCGGUGCGUCUUCUUUUCGGACAUUUCGUGGAUCGCUACAGAUACCUCGUUUCCACGCAUCUGCCCAGGGGAGCGCCAAACAAGGAGCUUUGUCGCAUAAUUUUGGACAAAGCUGCGCCGAGAGAGGCACAGUCUCAGUAUCAGCUGGGACUCACCAGAGUGUUCCUGCGGGAAUCGUUGGAAAGGACUCUGGAGUACAAUAGAGCACUGAUCUUAGAAAGGGCAGCCAUAACAGUUCAGAGGUAUACCAGAGGAUUCCUCGCGAGGAGGAGGUUCCUGAACAUUUCGCGAAGCACGGUGCUCAUCCAAGCCGUUUAUCGUGGCUAUCGAGAGAAGAAGAAGUUCAGAGCGCUGAAAAAGGCGACGCUGAUGGCGCAGAAGAUAUACAGAGGGAAGAAACAACGCGAGAGGUUUAGCGUAUUGAAGGAGGAGAUGGCGAAGAGGGCGGAAAUCGAGAGGGCCAGCAAGGAACGAGCGAAAGCGAAACAACAACGGGAGGAGCAGGAAAGAACUUCGAGAGCUGUGGCUGGUGUCAAUCAUCUGGAAAUCCCUGCUGAACUCGCGUUCAUCUACAGCAAACUUGACGACUGGCAACCAACGCACACGGAGAGGAAUCUCUUGAAAGUCGUCGGCCAAGUGAUCCCCAUGCAUCACACGUACGGUCUGCCGCCUGACAUCGAUCAGCAUCAGUUUUCAAAAUUCACGAACAUUUAUUUCAAAAGUCACAUCUUCGGUAUGAAACGUGAACCGAUAAAAACGCCGUUCCUGGCGAAAGCACGGGACCAAGAUUACACAGAUUCGUUGAUGAUCUUCAAGAUGAUCCUUCGUUUCAUGAACGAGAACAACUUGAGCGGCAAGAGGGAACAGGCUCUGGGUGAUUACAUCGUGAACAAAGGGAUCGUCAAUGAGAAAUUGCGUGACGAGAUUCUGUGUCAAUUGGCCAAUCAAACGUGGAAGAACGAGAACGACGCGAACAAAGAAAGAGGCUGGUUGUUGUUGUCGAACUGUUUGUCAGCUUUUCAGCCUAGUGCAACUCUGUUCAAGUAUCUGCUCAAGUACGUGUCCGAUCACGCGUACGAUGGUUACAAAGCUUACUGUCAGAGGAAGCUUCUGCAGGGCGAGAGAACGAUAUUCAGGAUAAUGAACAACAAUCAACAAAUCGUGCAUCAUGUGCCGAGGAAUUACCCGCCUUGCGUAUUGGAGUGGAGGGCGAACAGAAACCGUGUUAACAUGGCGUUGAGCGUAGGAUUCUAUGACGGCGAGACGAUUACCUGUGCGAUGGAUUCGUGGACAACGUGCGAGGAGUUGGCCAAUCUAGCUGUUCACAAUCACGGUGUCGACAAUUCCGGCUGGACCAUCACUUUAUGGAAUCAGCUGGACGGUCCAGACGCCAUCGUAACGGAGACCAAUGGUUUCGAUUACGUUCUCGACCUGAUUUCCGAAAUGGAGCUAGCGCCAGCAUUCCCAGCCGCUAAACACAUGUUCCUCGAACAGCGAAAGAACAGUUUCCCUCCCAUCAAGAAGAGAGAACACACACAGAUAAUUCGAGAAUUGGAGCAAGAAAUAGAGCCACCUGUUUUGAAGACGUUCCAACCUCUCGAACGAAAACCAGUACCGAAACCGGUGGACAAACCCGUUGAACCGGAAAUUCAAUCGCCCAGGCGACCCGCUGUUCCUCCGCCGCAACCGCCUGUGGCGAAGCCAUUGGUGAGAAAGCAAUCUCACGAAGCUAUGCUGGAGACGACAAUAGAGACUGGUCUGUCGCGGAAAUCAGCCCUGAACGACAGAUACUUCGAGAACGAGAAGCAACGUAGUCGUAGCUUGGACAAUUUGCUUCAACCGGAAGUGGUGCCGUCGCCGGUGAAAUUGGCGAACCUCGGAUUAUCGUCGUCGAAGCUGAACGAACGCUAUCACAGUCUCGAAAGGAUUGGGGAGACGUCUGCCGUGAGCAACGUCGAAUACAUGACGAGGAACGAAAUCGCGCAAGAGAGGAAGUACAGCAGGAUAACGAGAACAACGGAACCCAACAUCGAAGAAGAAGAUUUGACGAUCGACUUCGAGUAUCCCGAUAUCCAAUCCGUCAGUCAAACAGGGAGAUCGGAAGACGAUAAGAGCAGCUACAUCAGAUCGCAAACUAGGUUCAUCAAGUCUCAAUAUCCUGGUAAACGAGCACUGCCAGGUAGUCAAUCGAGUCGUGCCUACAUCGAAAAGAGCGAGUACGGCGUGAAAUCAUCCGCCAUGUCUGACACGAGCGAAGCCCCAUCCCUGGCGUCGCACGUGAGACGAGUUAGGGUGCCUAGUCAAGCUUCGGACGUGGAUCAGUUCCUGGACGAGUUGUUCAUGCCGGUUCUGGAUGGGAAUCUGGACGAACUGUCCGAUGCUAGAAGUCUGGCAGCUAGCAUCAAAGGCACGAGCGACGACAGGUCUCAGAGCGACGCUGUGAUUCUCGAAACUCUGAGAAAGAACGACGUCGACGAGCGAGGUGGCAGAGGGAACCUCGAAACCGUCGACGACUUCAUGGAAAUGAUGUUCGAGGGUUCUGAGAACGAAACGAUCACAGCAAAGGAGUUGUUGGAGAGGAUCAAGGGAGGGGGCAACAUGGACAUACCGAAUCAGAACGCCAAUUUUAAUUUCGGUGCCAUCACACCGGGAAUGAUGUCCCCGCCCAUGAUGAUGCCAAUGUUCAGUGCACCUCAACAGGUGCCACCCGCACAGAGUAGCAGCAUGAACAUGGGACCCGGAUUCAUGCCAAUACCGAUCUACAGCAUGCAAGGUCUCAGUCUUCCACAGUAUCCCAAUUCACCACCGAGCCAAAACAACGACAUGAUGGCGUACCAGCAAAACCUGCAGAGAGCAUUCCUGCAGAGCGCCAUGGCGCAAAACAUACAAAUCCAGCAGCAACUGUUGGCACAGAAUCAGGCUCUUCAGCAGCUGCUCGUGCAGAGUCCACAAAACUCAAACCAACAACCGGGCACGGUGUUGUCCGCAGGCCCCUCCAGUAUGAAUCUUGUCCCCCCAGCCCCCCAAAACGGUGCCCAAAUGGGGCCCAAUGAUUCCAUUGGACGCUACUCCAAGGUAUCGUUCAGAGAGCCAGAGGACGGUGAACUAUGGUCCACGGAGAAGCAAGUUACGCAAGUUAAAUCGGUACCGAACAGUCAGCGUCAAGAGGUGACGGUCAAAGCUCAGAUCCAUCGAUCUCAGAGCCCACCCAGGAAGAAUUCUGAAAUCGUCAGAAAGACUAGCGUCGAGUAUGCGGUGAGAAAGAUCAGCGUCGAUAGAAAAGUGGGCGAUAAAAAGUUGUCGGGCCCAACGGACGCUAAAAGGGUAAACUCGAACAAGAACAACGUGCAGAGCAACUUCACGAACGUGCUGAGCGAGCUGAAAAAUCGUAAGAGCAGCGUGGAUAGCAAUUUAUCGAAUUCGAGCAACAACAAGGGAGUGCCACCCCCGCCACCGAUGCCACCACCUUUGGAGUCCCAUGAUCCUUCGGAAUCGAGACCGUUCCUUGAUCCUUACGGGAGGGCGAAAACGGUUCGAAUUGGCAAAUGGAGAUGGCCUCCACCGAGCGACUCGAACGAAAAUCAGAGCCAAGACAGUUUCAUAGAGUUCAAAAUGCGCCAGCAACACCAGCAACGUAAGAUCACGCCACAAUAUCAGGAAUACAAUCAAGGUGACGGGGAACCUAGUACAGAAGGAGCAGUGGAAUGGGAAGAAUUUGAGAUUGAAAAUAUUGUAGGGAACGAGGAGAGGGCGAUUAUGACGACAUCGGCUUCCGCGUCUAAACACGAAAAUGGAUACAAAGAGGAAGGGGAGAAGAAAAAGAAGAAAUCCAAGUCUGCGUUGGAGGUAGGCGCUCAAAGGCCAUCUCCGGGUAGCAUUGGAAAAUUGAAACUCAGCUCGGAGAUGCGUCAGAGAUUAGAGAAGGUGACAGCGAAUCACAGUGUAAGAUCUACGAAAACGGCUGAGAAACCCGCUCUUCCGCGGGAAGAUGGUAAAGUGAAGCGUUUGGAAGACAAUAGGAAGCUGCUUCUGGAGCAACAAUUAGGAGGACGGUGGGACGAUUAUGCUUCUACGGCUGAUGACACACAAAGCGUCACUUCGAAAGGCACCACCGAUAUGAUGACUCAAGCUCAAGUAGUCAGAACGCAAAUUGAAAGGAUGGAGAGGCCCGUGCCUCCUCCGCUUCCGGUGACACCUCCACAACCCCCUAGUCCAAGAGGUGGAAGCAUGUACAGCAAUAGUCAAUCGGGUGUGCCCCAACCGAGGUCGCCGCCAGCUCCAGUCGAACCAAAAACACGGGAUUCGUUCAGAACGUCUCCGGAUUCAGAAGCCUUCGACCACUUCUCCAAAAGUCAGCGCGACAUGUUCAGUCACAGUCGAGACAUAUUCGCGUCCCAGCAGCACCUGCGAGAGAAUCACGAGUACAGGAACGAUUUCGACAAGUCUCGCUCGCAGGAGCAGAAAUCCAAAGACUUCUAUGGAAAAGACAGCACGGACCUGGCCAGUUCCGCCAGAGAUAGAAACUCGGACUUUGACUCUCGUCGUGAUUUGAAUUCCGACAUCUUCGAUCCGAAAUACGCUAGGGAGAUUUUCGAGAACUCGAGUUCGAAACGGGAUCCAUUCGGGAUGACCAGAGACGUCUCUCCGAAGUCCAGAGAUAGCUUUGGCAUGCCAUCGUCUCGAGACUUUGGCGUGAUGCCGAACACGAGGGAGUCAUUCGCGGCUGUUCGACAAAGUUUCAAGAAAAUGGACCGCGAGGUUGACAGGAGAUCGAGCGUCGCCUCGACCCAUCGUACGGACAAGAUGGAGAGGAUCGAAAUCGAAGAAUGGCCCGAGUUCCUUAGACCGGUACUGCCGCCAGCAGAGAAGCCAGAGAUCGAAAAGGUCCAGGAGGUGAUGAACACGAAACUCUAUCCCCAGACUUCCACGGCUCAUUUCACGUACAACAGAGUAACGUGGACGCUGAGGGUGAAGAAGGAAGUGUUUGCCCCGAACGAAACGCUGAACAGUCCACUGGCGCUACAUUUGGUGUUCUGUCAGGUUGCUUACGACGUCCUCGCCACGUCCAGCAUCAGAAUCACCAAGGAGGACAGACAGAACAUGCUGAAGAUGCUGGACAACUACGGCAUCACUCUGGACAACCUGCAGAGCACGCAGCACAAGAUCACUAUUAAGAAAAACGUCGUUGACAUGGCCAAACAAUGGCCUCUAUAUUUUGCCAGGAUAUUCCCAGUGUCGAUCGGGCCUCAACAUCCGGAAACCCAACACGUGGCAGUUUCUCAUCACGGUCUUCGAUUAAUCAAACGCACUCCAAACGGUGACCUGGUUAUACUGGAGACUUUACCUCUGGAGGAUAUCGUGUCUGUGAGUUCUCCCCGUGUCGGUGUGUGCGUGAUGCAAAUUGCGUCUGGAGUCAGGCUACCCUUGCACACUAAUCGAGCGCCACAGUUAACAGAAAUGAUCAACACCUACAUCAGACUGAUCGACCAGAAGCCGUUGCACAAGCCGAACCAUCACGAGAACCACGUAUCCCAGAUCACGAAAUCGAUCCAGUCGCAGGCGAAUCACGGUUCUCUGAAUCACGUCCAGUCUCACGGUCAAUCUAAUCACGUUAUCUCGAAUCACGAGAACCACGUGCCCGCGAGUCGUGUGCCGAACCACGUGUCGGCGACGAACCAGACGAACCAUCAGAAAAACCAGCAGAACCAGCGACUCAGCCCGAACCAGGAAUGGCGGCAACCGGAAGACAACGGCAGGUUGCAAGAAGAUGGUAUCUACGAGAGCGGGCCGGUGGUCAACGAUGGAAAGCACUCUCUUUUGCAAUACGCCAUGCUGAAUUUCAGGCAAAGCACAGAGAAAUUCGAGAUGUUGAAGACUGCAGACGGGUCCAUAAGUGGCUCUCUGAAAGUCAUCGAGUCUCUGAAGAGCAAAAAGAAGAACAAGAAGAGCAAAGGUCAACAGGACGGUGCGGAAUGGACCUGGAAGGAGCAGGUGGAUCUCGUCAAGUACUCCCCAGUGCCGAUCGAGCAAAGUCUUUUGAGGCUGGACGCAGAUUUGAGCGCGUUGGCUGUCGAGUGCUUCGUCUGUCUCAUGAGGUACAUGGGAGAUCAACCGCUGCCUCCAGACACCAGCGAAGUAAAAUGCGUUUACACUAUUCUGAUGCACUGUCAUAAGUACGAGCACUUGCGGGACGAGGUAUACUGCCAGCUGAUGAAACAGACCACGAACAACAAGAGCCCGAAUCCGGACAGUUGUCAGCGUGGCUGGAGGAUCUUCAGCAUCGUCGCUGCCUAUUUCACCUGCAGCGACGGUCUGAGGCCUUAUCUCACCAAGUACCUCGAAACGGCGGCGUACGACAAGCGCAGGGCUUAUCACGGGACCGCCACGGUGUGCCUGCAGAACCUCAGGAAAACUGUUAAAUACGGUGGGAGGAAGAACGUGCCCAGCGUCGACGAGAUUAUGGCGAUCAGCGCUGGCAGAAAUGCCAAGAGACAGAUUUAUAGACUGCCAGGUGGAACAGAGAGGGUCAUCAACACGAAAUGUACGACGGUGGUGCAGGAUGUUAUCGAAGAAAUGUGCAACGUAAUAUCCGUGAGACAUCCCCACGAAAUGGACGAAUUCUCGUUAUACUGCAUCGUUGACGGUGAUGCGUUCACCAUGCCAUUAGCUAGAGACGAAUAUGUGCUCGAUGUGACCACGGAACUCCAUAAGAAUCACCAAGUCUUUUACUUAAUAUUCUGCAGAUCCGUCUGGUACUACCCUCUUAGACUAGAUGCUCCACUGUACAUAGAAGUUGUGUUCAACCAAAUCGCUCCGGACUACUUGGAGGGUCUUCUCCUGGUCUUGCCUGGGGAACACUUACCUCAAGAAGUCGUCUAUGACAUGGCGCAGAUAGCAGCCCUUCUCCACAGAGCAGCAGACAUGGCGCACGAACCAACCACCAAGGAAAUAAAAUAUCUGUUGCCAAAACCUGUGCUCAGUUUAAGAGAGCCACGGCCCCAGCAGUGGUCGAACAUGGUCCAACAGGCGUGGAACAAUGUACAGCUCAACGCAGUAGCUGCUUGCAAAGCUCAAGUUCUUGAAAUUUUGUGGAAAUGGCCGCUGUUCGGGUCCAGCUUCUUCGCCGUGAAACGGGUGCCCGAAGGGAAAGAAAAGGGUGGCGAUCAUAUACUGGCACUGAACAGACAUGGAGUGCACUUCAUUGAUCUAAUCACUCACGAGACGUUGCACCACUAUCCGUACUCCGAGGUGAUCUCUACCAGGAAGGUAAAAUCUGAGGAAGGAACCUUGUACCUGGACAUGAAGUGUGGCAAUCUGAUGCAGCAGCGUAUCACCAGGCUCCAGACGGAGCAAGCUCACGAAAUCUCGCGACUGAUUAGACAAUACAUCACGAUGGAACAGAGGGCGACCAACAAUCAAGGCGCUGGCAUUGGUUUUGGAAUGAGAUAAAAUUAUUGAGUUUUUUAUUUAUCUGUUCUGCGUUUAUUCGUUGGCAGCGUGAAUGGGAAUACCAAUACUUUUCGCCGAUUGAUCGGUAACGAAACGCUGUACAUACGUAUUUAAAAGAAAUAAGCGUGAAACAACGGAUAAAGAAGAUGGGAAGAUCCGUUCCUGAGGAAUCUGUAAAAUACGUGAGUUUGUAAAACUUUGGUAAGGAAUUAUUUGUCGUGUCUUUGGGCGUGUUUCUUGCGUGUUUUUUUUUGUACGAUGCAAUCCCGGGAAAUAGAAAUAAGUCUGUCGAGUCCCCGAACCAAAAGAAGCACGCGAGAAGAAAGUUUAUUCGGUGGAAAAAUGUAAUCGUUUCGUUAAUCGUGGUUUGGGAAGAUUGUCGAUAACACGCGCGUUUUACUCUUUUAUUAUUUAUUUAUUAACGAUGGAGACGAAUGUAAAAAUUUUUGUAGAACAAUUUGGAUGAGAUUUGCCGGGAGAAAAUGCGAUCAAGGUAAUGAAUUUUGUUUUUAAAGCCUUUCGAUUUGUAUAUACCUCGAAAAAGCUUUAGCAGCGACGAAGGAGAGGAACGACCACGAUAUUUACGCAAAAGAAAGGUAGAAAUUGUUACACCUAGAAUCUUUAGAAUUUUCUCCGGUGUCGUGGCAGUGUUCCCCGCGCCUCGUGUACAUUCUACGAAUUUUCUUCAAUCGACAUUGACCGAUGUAGCAACGAUGCAAUAAAUAAUUCAGAAACUCGUACCUCGAUACCAGUAGAAUGUAAAAGAUCGAGAACGUUGCGUUCGGUUGAACGCGAUGGAGAGUAGAACCCAACAACGUCGAUCCAAAAAAUCAAUUUCAUAAAAUAAUAAGAUGAUCUAGUUACACCAUAUCGUUUUCAUUCACGAGCGUUUCGAAAAUGAGAACGCACGAUCGUGAUUCUUCGUCAACGUGGAUCAAUUUUUGUACGUAACAACGUUGAUGUACAGAAGAACGAAGAAGAAGAGAAACCAAUGCUCAAGUAUCUAAGCAAUUAUUCUCGGCUCUGUAAAUACGCGUUUAGAAACGUUUUAGAGGAAAGGAGAACUGUGUGAAUGGUCGAAGGGGAGGUGGACGGUCUAAUGAAGCUUAAUUAGCAUGACACGUCGAUACUCUCGGUCGCGAACUGCGUUUUCCGAUUGAUUUCUUUUUGUUUUUCAAUUUCGCGACAGCCGAAUAAAAUAACAAUUCUCGGGUGUUCAGUACAAUCGUUUAUUUAUACAAAGUGUAAGAAAAAGAAACAAUACGGUACACGAAAGAUUUUAUGUAAAUCCGAUUGCAGACUAAUCUUUAACGAGUACGUUCUGAUGGAGACUAACAAGCUGCGGUUACAUGUUAUCACAAGGAGACAUUAUUAUUAAUAAUUGUACGUAUGCGUAUCGAUGUGAACAGAGGUGUUAAACUUUAUAUUAAAAUUUCUACAUAUACGAAGAA